AUGGCAGACUCAAAGGCGCCUGCGUCCUCCUCGGCGAUGGGUGAGGCACAACUCCCAGACAUUGAGAAGCAGCAGGCCGUCCAUGCGGAAGGCAUUGACCUCAAGGAAAGCCCAGCUGCGGUAGAUUACUCCGGCGCCGCGGCGAAGACGGACCCGGCAGAGAUCCGGCUGGUCAGGAAGUUGGACAUGUGGAUCAUGCCGACGCUCUGGCUGAUGUACUGGCUGAACUAUCUCGACCGAAAUGCCAUCGCCGUAGCCCGUCUGAACCAUCUCGAAGCGGACCUCGGCCUGUCCAGCGUGCAGUACUCGACGUGCGUCUCGGUGCUGUUCGUCGGGUACAUCCUCGGGCAGGUGCCCAGCAACAUGGUACUCACGCGGGUCCGGCCGUCGUGGUACAUGGGCGGCUUCAUGAUGGCCUGGGCCGUCGUCAGCUGUCUCACGGCGCUGGCCAAGUCGUACGUCGGCCUCGCGCUCACGCGCUUCUUCCUCGGGGUCGUCGAGGCGCCGUACUACCCCGGCGCGCUGUACAUGCUGAGCAUCUUCUAUACGCGCAAGGAGCUGGCCACGCGCAUCAGUGUCCUGUACUCGGGCAACAUCCUGGCGACGGCGUUCGCGGGGCUCAUCGCGGCGGGCGUCUUUGAUGGGCUGGAUGGCGUCGCGGGGCUCGCGGGCUGGCGCUGGCUGUUCGUCCUGCAGGGCGCGGUGACGUUUGUCGUCGCGGCGGCCGCGUGCUACACGCUGCCGGACGAGCCGCGGAACACGCGCUGGCUGUCGCCGGAGGAGCGGAAGCUCGCGCACGACCGCAUCGCGCGUGAUACGGUGGGCGGGCAUCAGGAAGUCACGAGCCCGUGGACCGGUCUGCGGGAGGCCAUGGUCGAUCCACGCGUGUGGGUGUUCAUCUACAUGCAGCACAUGCACCUCGCAACCAACGGGUUUAAAAACUUCUUCCCGACCAUCGUCAACACGCUCGGCUUCUCGCCCAAGAUGACGCUGCUGCUCACCUGCCCGCCGUACCUCAUCGCCGGCAUCCUCUCCGUCGCGUGGGCGCGGUCCUCGGGUCGCCUCAACGAGCGCACCGGGCACAUCACCGCCUCCAAGGCCGUCGCCGUGCUGGGCUUCGUGCUGGCCUGCGCGACGACGAACCUGGGGGCGCGCUACUUUGCCAUGUGCGUCUUCACGAUCGGCACGUACGGCGUCAACUCGAUCCUGCUCGGCUGGGUCGGCAGCACGUGCGGGCAGACGCGCGAGAAGAAGGCGGCCGCGCUGGCGGUGGUCAACAUGAGCGCGAGCGUGAGCUUCAUCUGGACACCGUACCUGUGGCCGACGUCGGACGCGCCGCGCUACGUGAUCCCGAUGGCCAGCUCGGCAGCGUUUUGCGUGGCCUGCGCGGCCGGCGCGUGGCUGAUGCGGUGGAUGCUGGUGAGGGAGAACAGAAGAAUCCGUCAGAGAGACUCCGAGGCCGUCCUCUUCUACGCUUACUAG